CCCACCUCCUAGGCUCCUAGCAAAUCAUGUUCAAAGCACAUGUUUAAGGAAGCUACCUAUCCCUCACACUUAGCACUUACAUCCUCUCCUGUCUUAGUCUUUCACCCAAGUCCCCAAACUAUAAUACCCUUUGAGCAUUUGGAUUAAGCUUUCCAAAUCAAAAUCUUCAAAAAAACAUCAGUCACACAAAAUUUCCUUUCAUUGUUUUGUGGUGAGAAUAAUAUAGCUGAAAGUUUUCUAGCCAGACAACCAUGUUGAAACACAGCAAGGCACAAGAGAAGUCCAAUUUUGCACAGACGUGCAACCUCUUGAGCCAGUACAUGAAGGAGAAAGGAAGUCUUAGCCUUGAAAUGACUAGGAAACCAGAACCCAAAGAAAACCCCCAGACACCAGUGGCAACCACUAUGGAUUUGUUAACAAACUUGGAAAAUUCAGGUGAAGCUUUGAGACAAAACGCUGUGGCUCCGGCCUCAAACGUGCAACCCAUGGACUUUCUUCAAAAGCUUGGUGUUUGUCCUUCAAACCCAACUGAAAUGGCUACCAAUAAGGCUGAUUCCAGGAAGCCUGCAACCAUGGAGGCUGUGACAGCCCAGAUGACCAUAUUCUAUAGGGGCCAAGUUCUAGUAUUCGAUGACUUACCAGCUGAGAAGGCAAGGGAAAUCAUAACUGUGGCUACCAAGGGAAGCUCUAGUGUUUCUAAUGGCUUUGUUUCUACUCCUGCUAGCAUAAUGGAGAAAGUUAGAUCAAGAAGUCCCAUGGCUUCUGAAUCAAAUGUUGUAGCCGCGUACGAAAGGAAUACUACCACCAAAGAAAGGGUUCAACAGCAACCUCGUGCUAUUGGUUCUGAUCUGCCUAUUGCAAGAAGAGCUUCACUUCACCGGUUCUUUGAGAAGAGAAAGGAUAGGGCGGCAGCAAAUGCACCAUACCAAGUGAACCCAUCUUCACCAGCUGCACCCAAGCCUGAGGAAAGCAUUCCAUGGAUUAAGGUGGGAGUUCAAUCUUCAAACCAGCUUGAGCUCAAGUUAUAGUUACCACCUGAUCACCAUCUUCUAGGAUUAGUUUGGAUUGGGCUGAAAACCCGCGCGUCUGCAUUUGCGUUUUUCCCCCCGCUUUUUUUUUUCACGCGUUUUUGAGACUUGCAACUAUUGUUUAUGCACUCUUCAAUGAACAGUAGCCGCAAAGUUUGACUUUUCUAAUUUUUUCAGCAAUCAAUGCACAUCGUGUACUGUUUACGGACUCACAAAUUUCACUUUUCAGCAA